CGUGGUUUGUUUUCAUUUUCUUCAGGUGACUCUGCAUUGUCGUGAUGGCAUUAACAAAUCCUGCAUAUGAGAUCAUAAGAACCAACAAAGUGAAACUGCAGACAUACCUCCAGGCGAAUUCUUCAGAAGUUCUUGACCAUUCACAACAAGCAGGGAUAGUCCUGCACAGUGAAUACGCGUCCCUUAAAAGCAAGACUGACCCCAUUGCACGAACACGGGACCUGGUUGACCUGGUGCUCGACAAGGGAGAAGCAGUGUGCAUGAGAUUCAUUGAAGCCGUGCUGGUGCCGCUGAGAUCCGAGAUCCCUCCCUUGGUUCAGUGGAUAUCACAACAUGAGCAGCAGCUCUACGUGAUGGGUGUCGAUCUGAGCAGAUCUGCGGGUAAAGCCAUCCCUGGAGCAGCUUCUCAUAGCCCUGGUGAUGAUUACCGAGAAUUCUUGCUGAAGCUGACAUCAUUAACACGAGACUACAACGCACGACCUGGAGAACCUGCAGUGUUUUUGCGAGAGAGGAUGGUGAAGCCAAUUCUGGUUCCCUACUACCACCAGCAAGAAACCAAGGAGCACGAGUUACUAUCGAGAGGCAAGCAGCACGAGAUAAUGAUGGAGAGAGCACAGAGAGAAGGGAUGACUUACAAUAAUCUCUUUGAUCCCGUUGAAUCCAUUGGGGAACAAAACCACCCCCGACUGGUUAUUGUAGUGGGGACUCCAGGCAGCGGUAAAACCAUGUUGAGCAAAUUCAUUGUGCACAGCUUGCUGUCAGGAGAGAAAGUGUUUGCACAACGCUUUGAGCACAUUGUGCUCAUGAUGUUCAGGGAGAUAAAUGAUGUUGGAGAGAUGUCACUGGCAGAGCUGUUUUCUAAGCUGCACUCAUGUUUGGGAAACAAAGCGAAUGAGAUUUUCACAAACCAAGAGAGAACCCUUUUUGUUAUGGAUGGAUUGGACGAGUUUGGAAAGUGCCUUCACUAUGCCAAUGCUUGUACUGAUCCACGUAAGACGGCAACAGUAGAAACCAUAAUUGCUGCCCUAGUGAAUGGAAAACUCUUGCCCAAGGCCUCGGUCUUGAUAACGACCAGACCCAUUGCCAUGGAGCAGCUGAGUGAAGUGAAUGUUGAUCUAGCUGUUGAAAUCACUGGGUUUUCCAACGAAGCUAAAGUAGCAUUCUUUAACAAAUUUUACCAAGAUAGGAGUCUAGUAGAAAGGGCACUCAAGCUCCUGCAGGAAAAUGAAACAGUGAAUACAUUGUGCCAUAACCCUUCAUUCUGCCAUAUAGCAGCCAUUACACUGAAGGAACAUUUUCAAAAGUCUGAACAUUCUGAGAUUAUCCUCAAAUCAAUGACCGACCUCUUCACACAAUACGUGUUUGGGCUCAUAGUACACCAUAGACGUGGCAGCCGCAGAGCCAAGGAAAUUGUAUCACCGCUUGCCAAUAUGGCUCUGAAGGGGGUUCAGCAAAACAUCCAGAUGUUCAGCCAAAAAGAUCUAGAAGAGUGUGCUGUUAGUUCUUCUGAACUAGGAAGUACAUUCAUCAACAAAGUGUUCACAUGUGAGGGCAUUAAACAAGGGAGUUGUUAUUCUUUUUUACACUUGACAAUGCAGGAAUUCUUUGCAGCAAUAGCCGUGCAUCUGUCACAUUCAACAUGGCCAGUGAGUGACGUCAUCAAAUCUAUUGAGGAUAGCAAAGAUGGGAGGUUGGAUGUGUUUCAGAGGUUUUUUUGUGGACUAGCAUCAAGCACUCCAUGGAAGUUCUUUGAGGGUAUCUUGGAUCCUCCAUCUGCAGAUUCUCAAAAGGAAAUAAUCGAGUGGCUCUAUCGCAGCAUGAAGACUCAGAAGGUUGACAAACACAGGUUCAUCAGUCUCCUGCACUGCGUGCACGAGCUGCACGACUGCAUAUACUUGAGUGAUGUGACUCGGUCCAUGACUGAGAUAGACCUGUCAGGCACAAGGCUGUCCCUGCCAGACUGCGCUGCCCUCUCCUGGAUCCUGCAGCAUCGAGAAGAGCCUGUGCAGACACUCAACCUGUUCGGCUGUGGCAUUGGCACCGAGGAAAUGAAGAUACUCCAGCCUGGACUGCACAGAUGUAAAGAGCUAAUGCUCAGUAACAACGGCAUCGGAGACAGCGGCCUCCGACUUUUGGCUGAUGGGAUGUUGGGGAGAGAAGAGAGUUUGGAGGCGCUACACUUGUAUCAUUGUUCACUGACGGACAAGUCGGGUUCCUAUCUCAGUGUUAUCCUCAAGGCCAACACAGGUUUGCAGAUUCUCAGGCUGAGUGACAACGAGAUCAGAGCCAGCGGACUCAAACGUUUGGCGGACGGGAUGUUCGGGAUAGCAGGGAGUUUGAAGACGUUAGAUCUGCAGUACUGCUCACUGAUGGACAAAUCGAUCCAAUCUCUUCAUGACAUUAUGAUCACCAACAAAUCAUUGAGGGAGCUCUGGGUGGAUGGCAAUGACUUCAGUGAGGAGGGGAAGAAGGAGCUGAGGAGCAAAUGGACUCACAGAGUAAACCUGCGUUUGUAGAUUUAAGCUGAGAGGCGACGCUGACCCAGCAGCAGACGGAGCUGCCCCAUGAGCGAAUCGCACACCAGCCUGUAGCAUUUCACCUCCACAGCUCCGAUCGCCGGCACCGGCUCUGAUACAAUGAGCGAGGAACUCUUUGUGAGCUCCACACGGAGCCGGAGGUGAAUGCGGCUCCAAGAUUCUGAUGAGCGUGGUGAUUACGAUGAUGUUGAAGUGUAUUUAUGAAUGUGUUGUGGAGGGAAGCGAUGUUGGGGGUUGUGGGGGAGUGGUGCUGGGGGGCAUGCGGGGGAAGGGGAUGCAAGUGGAUUUGAAAUGGUCUGGCACUGAGUAGGAAUGUUUUUUUAAUGAACGUGCAUACAUUUGUGCAUGAGUGUUUACCACACUCAUGCACAUGAGUGUGUACCACUCUCAUGCACAUGUCCUAGUCUCAACAGUCACCCUAUAUCUGUUUAAUAUUCAUGUAUUUUAACUUUCAACUGCGCAUUGAUCGGUCUAAAAGUAAUCUUCCAAGUCGACUUCAGCUUGAAGGAAUUUAUUCAUAACUAACAGGAAGUACCCAGCGUUGCCCGAGCGAAAAAGACACACACAACCGCUAUUCGCCACUUGGUGGCGGUGACGUCACCA